AUGUCUGAAUUAGCUCUGAACAGCAAAUUUCCUCAGGAACAAGUAGAUAUUUGUAUCGAAAACAUGAAAAAAGGUUUUGCUUCGGGACCUCUAGACAGCUACAGAAGGCAGGCGUCUUUCGACUGGUUUGAGAUGAAAGUGUUUGUAGAGGGUGGAGAGGAUGUCGUUGAAUUUAAAAAUAAUAUCUGGAACACAUUGGCAAAGGAUCCACUCUUUGAUAGAGCAAACGAUAGCAAACUGUCCUUUGGUGAACGCCGUAGACUCACUAUGAAGAGAUGUACCAAGCUGGCUGAGUACAACUUUGUCACUGAUGAUGAUGUAAUGGCUAAUCCUCUCUUUGUUCAGGCGUUCACCGAUGCGAUAGGGUCUUUUGAUUGGAGUUUGUCUGCCAAAUAUUUACUGAACAGAACGGUGAGUGAGAAAUUGGUCAAGCCUGUAGUUACCAUCGUUGAUUGGAUUGAGGAGAGUAGAAAAUAAUAAUAGCCUGGGGGUGGUGGUGGUGGUGGUGGGGGGGGGAGGGUACUCCUGGGAAUUCUUGGUGGGGGUGUACCGCCGGUUCUCCAAAUCCUGACCCAAUUUCAGACAAAAAAUGUCAUUUUCUGCACCCGUUUUGAGACCAGACCUCUUAUAUCCAUACCCACCAUACCCAUUUUCAGACCUGGCCUUUAGGCAGAAGUUAUGCUAUCAUUACUGAGAGGGCAAACAAACAAAUUUAUGAAUUCUAUUUUGUAUUUGCGUAUUUCUCUUUCUUUCUUACUCAUUUGGUAUUGGAACGAUAAAUACAUUCAUACUCGUCUCCCGUAAUUCCCCAAAAACCAUACCCGAUUCCUGACCAAAAUGGGCGAAGUGUAUACCCGUUUUCAGACAAAAACGGCACAAAAACCCUAUCCGAUGGGGUGGCACAUACCUAUAUAGCUUAUACAAGGGAGUACCCCCGGGGAGAAAUUGCAACCCUUGGGGCAGGUGUUAGGGUGAAAAAAGAAGGCCCCACCCCCUAGCCCUUUUUGAAUUUCUCCAACUCACCAAUGGGUCAAUGUGGUGGUCGUGCAAGCAGAAACAUUUGUACACCCUAAGAAAAUGCCUCCAAUGCAGGCUAAUCUGUCAAUCAGCCUGUAAGCAUGUUAAGAAAUCAUCUUUCAGGGACACCCAAUGACUGUUUUCUGUAAAAUAUCUGUUUGGAGAAGCAAAAUAAAAAUAUUACCUAGAAUUUUCUGUUACUUGAGAAUGGCUAAAAUGGAAAAAUGAAUGACAAUUUCUGACUGCAAAUUUUUCUUUUAACUUUCAUUCCAAAUAGUCAGGCAAAUGGCCUGAAAUCUAACUUUCAGCUUUCAGAUAGCUCUAUUUUCAUUUUUGUCUCGGUGGAAACAUUUCUUCUAGGCCUCUUUUUCUACAAUAAGUUAUAUCAUUUCCUUAAAUCUCCUUGUAGAUGUUUGGUCGUCUGAUAAAGACAUCAAGUACACAUGAACACAUCCAAGACCUUGGGGAGAAAGCUGCAAGGCAAAAGGUAUUCAUAAUUUAAACUUUUCAGUAUAAUUGAUGUUGAAAAUCAAAAUGAAAUUUAGGGAAAAUUGUUGCAGCCUAGUUUGACUCUCACUUUCCUUUGUUUCCCAACCCUUAUAAUUACUAUUCACGAUCAUUACUAUUCAUUUAAUGGAGCUGAAACCAAUAAUGCACGCAGUUUGGACAUCCUACUGAUGAACAGUUGGGACACGUAGAUAUAUUUUUUAGCAACUACUAUAAUUUGCAGUCUGUCUACUUUGAAUUUGAAUACGUAUGGUUCAAUACAUACAUAACCUUUAUUUUAACUUGAAUUUUAGAGUAGCUACAAAUAGCUCAUAUCUUCAAUGUUAAAAUCAUUGAAGCCAUGAAUAAUUAGGGCUAGAAACAACCUAGGUUGAAACCAUUUUGACCAUGACCUACAAUGUUGAUAGUAUUUAGAGGCAGUUUUUUACUCAACAGGUACAUUCAUAGUAAUAAUUUAUUAAUUUAUUUAAUAUGUCACAUAAUUUUUGACAAAUACGUUUUUUAAUAAAUUGACCUGCAGAUCUUUGGUUGUUUUGCACUGACUGAAUUAACCCAUGGAAGUAACACAAAAGGAGUUCAAACCACAGCAACCUAUGACCCUUCAACACAAGUAAGUAUGAAAACUCAGCCAUAUGCAAAAUGUGACACACAAAACAAAAAUAGCCAUUCUUAUUCCUUCACAUAUUUUGGGGAGAGGAGGAGCAAUAGGUUAACAGGUCCAAGGUAUUUUCUUGAUAAUUUCAAAAAGCUCAGAAACUAAGAAAUCAAAGAGCCAAUUACCUCACUCCUGGAAAUAUGUAGAAUGGUCAGAGGGGGCGUUAUCCCUUAAUUUUUAUUUGUUUGUUUUUGUUUGUCUACAGGAGUUUGUUUUACAUACACCCAACUUCGAAGCAACAAAAUGUUGGGUUGGAAAUCUGGGAAACACAGCCACCCAUGCUGUUGUCUAUGCUCAGCUUUACACCCAUGAUCGAAAAUGUCAUGGUCUUCACUCUUUUGUAGUUCAAGUCCGUAGCACUGCCGAUCUCUCACCAAUGCCUGGUGUGACUGUGGGAGAUCUAGGAGAAAAACUUGGUCAGAAUGGCCUUGAUAAUGGGUUAGCAUGUGACACAGUACAGUUCUGAUUUUUCCAAUCCCUUCUAAUUUAAAUCAAAACUUACUUCCCAUAGCACUAAAACAUAGUACAUCAUUUUAGCCUUACUUCGUAAACCUCUCAAUAAUACAAUGUAUGAACCAGUUUCCUUUUCCCUUGGAGGUUACAGAAAUAAAAAUCAGGGCCCAGUUGUUCAAAGGUCGAUUAUUGCUUAACCCAGAAUUAAAUUUAACCCGAGUUUCUUCUUACAAGAAGCAACCUCCUUAGUUAGGCAUUAUGAGCAUAAUCACUAGACACCCAGCCAGUAUACACUAGACACCCAGCCAGUAUACACUAGACACCCAGCCAGUAUACACUAGACACCCAGCCAGUAUACACUAGACACCCAGCCAGUAUAUUACAUUUGGAAAGAAAGGGAGAGUUUCAAAUAUAUUUCAGACCCUGUUCUUGUUUUUACUGGAGUGAUCACACUACCACUUUUUUUUGCAUUAGUGUUAUUAUGGGGAGAGCCAAGUUGCACUGUUACCAUAACAAUGUGGUUAUUAGCAGUGCGUCUGAGGGGAAUCAUAGAGACCGAUAAGUUUAGGGGUGAUUUAGGAGCAUAAUACCAUAUAUUUCUUUUCUUUUGUCAGUUUUGUGUCAUUCAACCAUGUUCGAAUUCCACGGGAGAACUUACUGAAUAGGACAGCUGAUGUCACACCAGCGGGAAAGUAUGUGACACCUUACAAAGACCCAAACAAGAGAUUUGGAGCCUCUCUAGGCGCACUUUCUGGUGGACGAGUAGGGAUUACCAGUAUGAGUGUUGUCAAUCUGCGAUCCUGUAUACCCAUUGCAAUAAGGUAUAGCAAUAUAUAUAUAUAUAGCAAUGAAUGCAACCAGGUAAUCAAUUUGUUUGAUCAGUAAAAAUGUGGCCAUGACUUGAACUCUGACUGUUGAGGUCAGUGUACACACAGAGGCAUAACAUAAAUAGCCUAGUAUAUUCAAGUAAAGCAAAGUUUUCUUUGUACAGAGCAAAGAUGACAACUUUAUGGCUAUUUUCAAAUACUUGUCAGGGAAACAGUUUAAACUACUGAGUUUCAGAAAGCCAAAAUGUCAACUAAGUAAACCGUUCUUUUUCAGUCAUGGUCUGUCUAACUAUUUUUGUCUCUUUCUAUCUUGGUGUGUAUUUGUAAAUUACAGGACUUGUUUGGAUGCAGCAUAACUUAACCAAGAAAAACAGUUUACACUGUAGAAGAUGUUGCCAGAUUUGCCACAAAUUCAGUAAAAUUUGGUACCAGAUUCUUUGUGCUGCACAAAAUCUGAAAUAAAAAUGUCCUGGUUGUAAUAUUGGUUGCGUGUGUGAGGAUUUUGAAUCUGGAAUCUGAAGAAAAUACUUUUUACCUGAAUGAUGUUGUUUUAAUAAUAGUACUGAUGUGUGUAAAUCCUUGAAAAACCAAAUAACAUCAACGUUAUGAAGCCAGAAAAAUUUCCUCUUCCAUAAAUGUAGCCUUACAAUACAGACAAUUAACAUAUAAAUGUAUGAUUUUUUUUUGUUUAUUAUCAGGUACUCUGCUGUACGAAGGCAGUUUGGUCCACCUGGAAAAGAUGAGAUUCCAGUCUUGGAAUACCAAAUGCAGGUUGGUUUCUCACUGGACAUUUCGUCAAUAAUUUAUGCCAAAAAUUCGUGCUUCAAUGAUUCUUGUGCUACGCAAUUCUUGUUGCGCGCUACGAGAAUUGUGUAGCACGUGACACGAUUCUCAUCACACAGGAAACGAGACGCAACUGGUAACUUACUAUUGAGCAGCGAAUGAGCAUAUUUAUAUGACUCCAACUUAAAUUUCUUGAACUGAAAAAAAAAAUUUCUCCUCUUCACUUUUCAUAGUAUCAGAUAUUUAUUUCUUCUCUUAUCAGCAAUGGCGCCUUAUUCCUAAGCUAGCAGCAACUUAUGCUCUGGCCUACUUUGCAAGGACUUUCUUUUUGAACUUUGUGGAAAUGGAAAUUGGCACAAUGAUGGGAGAAAAAGGUGAGGCUCAGGUAAGAGAUGAUAAAAUUUAUGAAUAAUUUAUUAUUAUUAUUAUUGCCAUUUUAUUAACCAUAAAUAAUAACUAUACAGUUGAGCCAGGUCAAGGAAGGGUACCUUCCAAGAUGCCAUUAAUAAAUUUAUUAUUUGAAAGGAGAGUCCGCUCUUAGUUGUAGAUUUCCGAUUCAUUUCUGCUUUCUUGCAUUCAUAAAUGACAUAUUGAGCAGUGAAUUCACAUAUGAGGUAGAUCAGAAAUUUCUGACAGCUCAGUUUUCUUGAAUUUGAAAGAAAUAUCUGCAAAGCAAUUUUUAUCCAUUCAAAGAUUUUUCAUCUAUAGUAGAACCUUAUUAUAACAAAGAGCCAAUUUAAGGGACUGGCAAAAUAUGUUUGCUAUAAUGAAUAUCAAGGUUUUCUUCCAUAAAUUUAACUAUUACUGGGGAGAAGAAUUAUUUUGUUCACUGUUACCGAGAAAUUGAAGCCCUUUAUGCAUGCAGGAAUGCAGAUUUGAAUUUGAUGACUAACAGAUUUAUUUUUCAUGCUUGACCUGGUGUAACUGUAAACAAUAAGUGGCUAAAAAAUCAUUACACUGUAAAUAUUAUUAUUAUUAUUUCUGUGCAUCAGGCUGCUUUGGGAAGAGAAAUCCAUGCCCUGUCAUCAGCAAGCAAACCUCUGGCAGGUUGGAUGGCACAGAGUGCUAUUCAAGAAUGUCGAGAGGCUUGCGGAGGCCAUGGUUACCUUGCAAGUAAGACACUAUUGUUGUUUUAGUACUACAUUUUACCAUUUCUUAAGACUGUGACUAGCUUUGCCUAUUACCCUCUGGUGAGCACAUAGAUAAUGUUUUUAAAAUAUAGUAAUUAUCAGAAAUGAUUAAAUACAGUAAAAUAAACUGAUAAAUUAUACGUAUUAACAAGUUAUUUUACAUGAUGUUGACUGUGAUCAUAUGUUUUUUGUUGUUAUUGUUGUUUUAUUGAAUUUGUAUUAUUGCCACAAAACAAAACUUUGUGUUCAUUUUGUACUUUGACAUUCCAUAGAACACUUGAAUGAUUGCUGAUUGUUUUUCUUAAUAAAUUAUUAACUUUGUACAAUACUAGAGGCAUGGGGAAGAUUUUUUAUGUGGCUAAAUAUCAUUUAGGCAAAGUUAAAAUGUGAGCAAAUGCAGCCAGCGGUCUCCCCCAUCUGCGGCACGUGACCUUUGGGGUGGCCUCUAGAGGUUUCACAGGGUUUCAAGGUUCAUUGCUUUACACGUGCAGUGUUAUCAGCUGAUCUUUGCGGAUCAAACGCUUUGCUAGUGCGAAUCAUUGCGGAUUCUUGCACCCUCUCCUCCCUCCCUCUUUUGCAUUGGGUCAUCAGGGUAAGUAUUUUCAGGUAAGUUAUUUCCACUGAUUGUUUCAGUGUGACGGUGCCGGUUAGCGGGCGCUUUUUUGGGUGGUUCCCGCGUUCCAGGGUUGCCAUGGAUACCUCCCCUGCAGCUUGGCAUCUGGCACCCCGCUAACCUUUUAGGCACCAGUUCCCAAGCUCAUCUAUUUGUGAUGAGUUUAAUAUGGUAUAAAAGUUCUUAUUUUUUUUCCACAGUUAAUAGGUUUGGUGAAUUAAGAGAUGAUAAUGAUCCAAACUGCACGUAUGAAGGAGACAACAACAUGCUUUUGGGGCAAACCAGCAACUAUUUGCUGUCUCUUUUAGAAGCCAAAGAAAAAGGUAUUCUUUCCACUCUGUGUCAGUGUUAAGUUUCUUAAUUUUGAACUCUUUUUUGUCCUUUUCUCCUCUCUUCACUGCAGCAGAGUUAGCUCAGAUGGUACUCUUAAGUGGCUAGUAAUUUAACAGUAAAUGGUACUGGCAGAAUAGUAGCAACAUAAAAAUAGUAAAACUAAAUAAAAAUGAAUGUUGGAUACCUUAAUUUUGAAUCAAUGUGCACUGAGGUCUUUAAACUAAGAAUUGCGUCUUUGAAAGUCCUUGAAAAGUCCUUGAAAAGUCCUUAAAUUCUUGGUCCAUAAAAAAGUACAAACGUUGUAAAGCUGACAAAAGGAUCACUGGCAAGUUACUUCUAACUCUUGACAUUGUUGACAUAUUCAAAUGGUGUAACCACUACAGUGGCCAGGUAGUUGCCUAGGCGAUAAUAUUAAGUGUGUUGUACAAGAGGGAUUUAUGGUUUUAAGUUUAUUAAAAGGAACCUAUAGUUAAAGAAGGGACAAUUUUCCACGAAAGCUGUCUAGUAGUAGUAAUGCAAGAGCUGGCAAGAAUGUUUCUGCUAUUAUUUUCCAACAGGAGUAACAAUAUCCUGUCCACUUCAUUCAGCGGACUUUCUUGAUAACAUCGAACAAAUCAUGUCAGAAAAAUUCCAUGCAAAGACAGAGCAAGAAUGCAGAGACCCUGACUGUAAGUAUAUUGAUGCUUUCAUCUCUGUGUAGAAAAAAAAAUAGGACAUGUGUUUGACCAGUGUCAGAUCUAACUGAAAAGAAAGUAUUUCAUAACAGAGUAAGGGCUUUUUAAUGACUAACUUUGAGCCACUUUAUACCUUGAAGAGUAUCUAUGACAAGUUUAAUAUUCCUUUAUGUAUUGGGUGCCUGUGCUAUAUUAGCAUCCUAGCAGUGGUAGUCUCUUCUAAACCUCAUCAACAGAGACUUGGGUAAACAUUUCUCAGCAAGCAUCUCAAACAACCGAAUUAGGAAAAACUAUUCGCAUGGUCUGUGAUUACUAGAUACCGAGCCAAACAUCAUUUAGCACCUAAAACUUAUGAUUUCAUGUUUAGAUAACCAUUCCUACUGAAUUUAUUAUUAUGUAGUAAUUUACUAGACUGUGUUGUUGUUACUCGUUAGUUUUAGUGGGAGCUUUCCAGUGGCUUGUGUGCUAUCUGUUAAAAGAGAGUGCUGUUAGGCUCAGACAACAGUUGACAAAUGGAAAGGUACUGGUGAUUUUUUAACCCUUCUGCUCUGCAUAGUGUUGACAAGAUGAAAUCUCAAAGUAAAUCAUGCAUGGUCUGAAAAAGAAAGUUAUGUGGAAUGUGUCAACUACAGCCUGCAUGGGAGGCACAGGUUUUUUUUAGGGUGAAGGGAGAAACUGAGGAUGCGCAAACACAAGCCCUCCCACGCUCCGUAAAAGUAACCAAAAAUCUAGCCGGCUCCUGCCAUGCAGGCUAUAUUAUUUUAUUUAAUGACCUGACCUGUUGCACUCAGUUUUUUGUAAACCUGCUGAAUUGCAUUAGAUCGCACAAGGUAUAAAUCUAACAUUUUCCACAGGAAACAGUUGUAGGGUUUGUACAUUACUAGGUAUUCCGAGGGAUGGGUCCCACCUCCACAUGGAGUUGUGGUUGAUAUAAAGUUGGUUUGGACUAGCGUCUGAUUUAUUUAGGAAGUGGCACAAAUCUUUGUCACACUGUCCUGCAAUGCAAAAUUGAAGCUGAAACUAACUGAACCUGAGCUGAACCAGCUCAGCUAUAAGGUUCCUAUUCAUAGUAUUUGUCAACGUGUUGAUAAUCAAUAUUUGCGGUGCUUUUUCAGGACCCUUUUACUGCCAGGAAUGACAGUCAGGUGUUUUACUGUAGAUCAUUAGCACUUGCUUACAUUGAGGUAAGGUAAUCCUUUAACUGAGUGUCCUACCCCUCUCCCUCUGUCUUUUCACCACAAAAUCAGAUUCUUCUGUUAUCGUUGACAAGCUUAUCAAUUGACUCGAAGGUUUUUGGAUUGUGACCUAAGCUUGUUGUGCUCGACCCAUGGGGCUCUUUUUAAUGGUGAUAUUAUAUUAUUCCCAUUAAAAAGACCCGCACAGCCAGAAUCUGCACCUACAUUUUUCAACCACACUUUGAGUAGGAAAAGGUAACUGUUGUAGAAUCAUUUCAAGGGCAUGCAAAAACCCCUCUGUUGUGGUAGAAUUUUGGCCAAGUUUCUACUUUUCACAAAAACGCAUAUCGAUCUUGUAGCAGACUAAGUAUCCAUUCCAUAGCUUUCUCAAUUGUAUAUUUUCAGUGCGCAGUUUUACAGAGAUUCAAAGAAGCAAUUUUCAAUGAAGAUGAGACUCCCCAAGCACUGAAACCAGUUCUUCUUAAGCUAUGUUCCUUGUAUGGUUUGUGGUCGUUGGAGACACAUCUCACCACUCUAUAUCAAGGUCAGUUUAUUACAAGUGGUGACUGCUGACUGAAUAAAACCCAGUCUUGUUGUUUUACGUAUCAGGCCUUCCUCGGAAAGAACCCGGGUAUAGAGGCAAUGCCCCCUCUCUCUCACUUCCCCCUAAAUGGGACUCUGGUGCAUCGUAGGAUUAAUCUCACCCUGAUGGUAUUAGUAUUUCUCAUGAGCAGUAAUAAAUUUGACCUAAUUGUUUGAUGAAACUGUCCUAUUGUCGGGAGAAUUUAGGUUCUGUUCAGUAUGUCCCUUCGACUCUCAGAGUGAAUGAGGGCAGCCUUGUAAGGUAGCUGCAACUUUUGAGGCUGUGGACAAAAUCCUGCGGUUUGAUCAUUCAAAUAAAAGUGAGCUUACGCGACAGGAUGGACGAGGAAAGAAGACGGCAAACCUUGUGUGACAAACGUGAUAAUAAUUUUGUUUGAAAAACAUUUCCGCCGAACGUAAUUCACCCUCCUUUAUAAACAGGUCUUUUUGCAAAAGACCAGAAAACAUUAACUUAAGUGAAGAUCACCACAAAACACAUACGUAAUAGGCCUGUCACGUUUGUCACCCAUAAGCGUUUUGCCGUCCUCUUCGUUCUGCCGUCCUGUUGCGUAAACUCACUAAAACCUCUUUGGUAGUAUUUUUUUAGCAUUUUACAAUAUGAAAUUUGGCAAUUUUGGUCAGUUGUGACUUUUAUGGACUUUGGGAAUAAAAAGGAUAUGCCCCUUACUAAAAAAAAUGUUUGAAGGUCGUACACUAAACUCAAGUCUUUUUCUAUUCGGAUCCUAAGUCACACUGUAACUUACAACACAAACUGAGUUAUAACCGAGGCUAAUGGAGUUUUUUCAUAUGUUAUGGUGGCUUAAAUAGGGUCACCAAGUGCAACCCACGCUAUUAAAACUUGCCACUCCGGUUUACUAAGCAUUUUGGGUUUAAUUGCAAAGCUGUUUGUUUGAAGGUGGAUUCUGUAGGUCAGUAAAUGAUGCCAGGAUUGUAAGAGGAAGUAUCCUGUCACUCUGUUUUGAGGUAGGUAUCUCGAUCAUUCCUAACCUAAUACAACGUCAGGCUGCAACCACCUACGAAAUAUAAUUAGUUGAAUUAGCAAUACUGCGAUGCCAGCAAUCCCAGCGUCGCCAAAUAGGGCUGGGCUACUCACACCAAGAUUUCUGAAGAGGAGUACGUCUAACGUUACUUAAAUUAAAAUUAAAUUAAAUUAAAUUUAUUUUAUUUAAGCUCGAUAGCGUGAGGAGUGGUUGCCCAAUCUCCCGAGCCCGGGGCUCAUGUAUUAACGCUCGAGCAUUCCGGAUCGAAUUGGAAUUUAGAAAUGUUGGUUUUUGCGGAGAGGGGAAAACCGGAGUACCCGGAGAAAAACCUCUCGGAGCAGAGAAGAGAACCAACAACAAACUCAACCCACAUAUGAAGUCGAGUCCGGGAAUCGAACCCGGGCCACAUUGGUGGAAGGCGAGUGCUCUCACCACUGCGCCAUCCCUGCUCCCCCAAGUCAGUCAGUCAGUCUAGUCAGUCUAGUCAGUUUCACUAGAUUUUUUCCGGGCUAGUUUCCCAGGCGCAUUUUUGGGAGAGCAAGCUUUGAACAGUCUUUUUCACUGCAUGGUGGUCAUCGUUGAUUUUAAAACAAAGAAUGAUUAGGGAGACUUAAACUGCGAUCAGGAGAGUGGGGACAAGGCUGAAAGAACGAAGUGGAGGAAGGAGUGAACGACCCGAUCGCGUUCCCACCAGAAAACCCCUGCAGUGAGGACUUUUGGGCUCCACAAAAUAGUUUUUUACUACUUUCUUUUAAUUUUACAACAUCAUUAAAGUUAUAGUAUACAAUUAUCUUUUGGCUUCAGAAGGGGAGGUGAUAGUGGGGAAUAUACCGAGACGCGAAGCGUCAAGGUAUAUUUCUAGCGCUAUGAACCGACCCUGAGGGGGAUAGUUGUUGUAGUAUUUACCAAAUCAGUGGGGUAGAAAUCAAAAAGAAACUUUUUGUAAAUAAAAGACGUCACUUAGAGUUUGUUUGCGUUGCAAUUGACAGUGUUUCAGGGAUAAUUUUUUAUGAUUUUGUGGCAAAAAAUACAGUUAUUAAAUAAAUACUAAUUACAGUUAUUGUUAUAAGGAAGACUUAUAUAUUAUUCGCCUUCUUAGACUAUCGAUUUAUCAAAAUCUGGCGACUGAUAAACCAACGUGUAAAUGUAGCCGUACCCUUGGUUACCAUGUGAUGUGUUUUACCCAUUUGCAAGAGAAGCAGGGGCAGAUCACAGGAUCUUAAUGUUAUCAUGUUCGGUUGUUUUUCUUUUGUUAGUUGAAAGGCGAGGCAGUAGCUCUAGUAGACGCUUUAGCUCCUCCUGAUUUUGUCCUUAAUUCACCGAUCGGUCAUAGUAAUGGAAAGGUAAGCUAACUUCACAGCUGUAGACCGAGUGUAUCCGACUUACUGUGCGAGUCGGGUAAUUUUUUUUGUAAUUUUAACUUUGAACGCACGGUUAGUGAUGUGAUAAGGAUUGAACAUUUCCUGGAGACCUUAAUACCCCAGUUGUCGCUCAUUACGAUCGAGAGCUUGAAUGUUUAGUCAUAAUUUACACUUGACAUUCAUUGUCGCUCACUGAGUACGUCUGCUUUUUGUCUUUGCCGCGGCUUUUGGAGGCCGUUAAGCGUACUCUAUGCAAUGUCAUAUAUCAACUAAAACCGUUCCUGAUUGGAUCCGACAGUUGUAACACUGUUACAACUUUUGUAUAACUACUUGAAAGUAUAACUUUGUUGUAUUAGUAUUGUGCACAACACAGAGGUGUUUUUGCGGCACCAACCGGCAAAAGUGCUAUCAAACAGAAAAUUUAAAAAGAGAGAGAGAACGCAAUCCAACAAAAAUAACGUCGCAAAAACUACAUUUUGCACCUCGUCGAAUAGGCGGAGCUGGUGUUUUUUCGAUCGUUGUCUUUAGGCUAAAUGUAUCACUUGUUGCUUUUCCCAGGCUCACGAGAACUUAUACGAAGCGAUUAUGCAGAACCCCGGGAACCUAGAGCGAGUUUCUUGGUGGAAGGAAUGUCGUCAAAUUCCAGUCAUCCAGGAACGAAGCAAAUUAUAA